AUGGCCAACUUCAUUAGCCAAGCGCUUUGGACUCAAUCCUUUUGCAUCCCUUCGCCUCCUUUGACGGAGAAGAACCUGCCGGACCAGAAAGGCAGAGUCCAUAUCGUCACGGGUGGAUACGCUGGUGUUGGUAAAGAACUGUCUGCGAUUCUUUACGAAAAGGGUGCGACCGUGUACAUCGCGGGCCGCAACGAGCAGAAAGCCGAAGACGCCAUGCGUCAAAUCGAGGAGGAAUAUCCCUCGGCUUCGGGUCAUUUGCGCUUUCUGCUAUUAGACCUCAACGAUCUGACAUCCAUCAAGGCGAGCGCCGAGACUUUCAUGGCACAGGAAUCUCGCCUUGACGUUCUCGUCAACAACGCCGGUGUGAUGUUCCCUCCGGAAGGAUCCAAAACAACCCAAGGCCAUGACUUGCAAUUUGGAACCAACAUGCUGGGUCCGUUUCUGUUCACUAAACUCUUGAUGCCCAUCCUAGUGGAGACCGCCAAAACUGCUGUCCCAGGUUCAGUGCGGGUUCUCUGGGCUUCGAGUUUAGGAAUCCAGGUCUUGUCUCCAAACGGGGGUGGCAUGGUGCUUGAUGAAUCGGGCGCACCCAAAGUUCUUGAUAAUCAAGAGACCAACUACGGGCAGACGAAAGUCGGCAAUGUCUUCUUGGCCGUCAAACUGCAAGAGCUGUAUGGCUCUCAAGGUGUUCGAAGUGUCUCCUUCAACCCUGGAAACUUAAAGACAGAGCUUCAGCGUCACUCUACCGGAUUAAUGAUGAAAUUGGCGGAUUUGAUGCUCCACCCAGCAAAAUUCGGUGCUUAUACUGAAUUGUAUAGCGGCUGGAGCGAGGAAGUCGGUGCUGAUAAGAGUAUCACGUAUGUGAUGCCUUGGGGAAGGGAUGGUACACAUAUCGUCAGGUCGGAUAUCCAGAAGGCUAUCGAGAAUGGAUUAGCGGACAAAGUCUGGAAUUGGUGUGAGUCGGAGACUAAAAGUUACUUGUAA